AUCCAAAUGAAAAGCUGAACCGCGGCGGCGUCUAGUUGCCACCUGCUGUGUUCGCAAACGUCACCCCAUUCCUUGGAUAGCACGGCCAGGCGUGUGGGUGAGAGCAUUCCCACCCGCAGACUAUAUAAGAUCCGGAUCAAGUUCGGGCGAGGGAGGCCAGAGUCUAUUCUCACUCUGCUCUAUCUGUGGAUGCAUCUCUGAACGUUCACUCUGGAAUAAAUUGCACCAUGUCUCUCUCCAAGCACGUAUAUCCCCCGUUCCUUCCAGGCGUUAUCCCCCCCAGUUGUCCGCAAUUAUGAUUGACCUCCGCCCAGGUCGACCCCGAUGAGCUUAUAGCUUCCCUUCCCAAACAUCCUACCAAGCACCAACCUCAUCUUCAUAGGCGAGCCAUACAUCACUACAUCUAUGGAUCCCGUUACAGCGCGGAAACCGCAAUACCGAAGUUUGAGAUACCUCGCCAAGGCACUGAGGCGGGAAGUAUUCACCAGCUCAUCAAAGAUGAGCUUGAUCUCGAUGGUCGCCCCAACCUCAACCUGGCUUCAUUCGUGAAUACCUACAUGGAGACUCAUGCCGAUCAAUUGAUGAUGGAGAACCUUGCGAAGAAUCUUGCCGAUGCGGAUGAGUAUCCUGCUCUCAUGGCUAUUCACGCUAGGUGCGUUUCCAUGAUCUCGAAUUUGUGGAAGAUCCCCAAGGGGCAAACUGCCAUCGGCACUGCAACUACCGGCAGCAGUGAAGCCAUUCAUCUUGGAGGAUUAGCUAUGAAGAGGAGAUGGCAAGAGCGAAGGAGGGCAAAUGGAAAGCCUGCCGAGAGGCCCAACAUCUUGAUGGGCGCCAAUGCUCAGGUAGCCCUUGAGAAGUAUGUUCUUACCCCUAUUUCAACUCAAGGCUAAAAAUUGAAUACUAGAUUCGCCCGUUACUUCGACGUCGAACCUCGGAUCAUCCCUGUUCGCGAAGAGUCCCACUGGUGCCUUGACCCCUCUAAAAUCCGCGAUAAUAUCGAUGAGAACACUAUCGGUAUCUUCGUAAUUCUCGGUUCAACAUACACCGGCCAUUUUGAGCCGGUUGAGGAGAUCUCCCAAAUCCUAGAUAAAUACGAAGAGGAGACUGGAGUAUCGAUACCAAUUCAUGUCGACGGUGCCUCCGGCGCAAUGGUAGCCCCGUUUACUGGCUCCCAAGGGAAAUGGGGCUUCGAGCUCCCCCGAGUUCAUUCUAUCAACACCUCCGGCCAUAAAUACGGCCUUGUUUACCCUGGAUUAGGCUGGAUUAUAUGGAGAGGCGAGGAAUAUCUUCCCAAAGACCUGAUAUUUGAGCUUCACUAUCUGGGAGGGACAGAGCAAUCAUACACCUUAAACUUCUCUCGCCCCGGCGCUCAAGUGAUAGCCCAGUAUUUCAACUUCCUUCACUUGGGAAAAGAUGGUUAUCAAGCAGUCAUGCGAAAUGCUCUUAGUAAUGCCCGCUUCUUGUCAAACGCCAUUGAAGCAAGUGGUUGGUACAUCUGUCUCAGCGACAUCCACCGAAAACGGGGCGUCUAUGGGGGAGGUAUUAGGAAGGGCGUCACUGAGGGCGUCAAAGAGGGCAUCAAAGAGGCUGUCCUUGGCGACGAUAAUCCCCAUGUCUACAAUGCUGGUCUACCAGUUGUAGCCUUUAGGCUCAGUGAUGAGUUCAAAAUGGAGUUUCCGCAUGUUAAGCAGGCGAGCGUUUCCACACUAUUGAGAGCUAAAGGAUAUAUUAUUCCUAGUAAGUUUGAGUUCUGCCUUAUUUCCUUAGCUGCGCCGUUCUAACCAACUCACAUAUUACCAACUGCCACCCAAUGUUGCGGAAAUCGAAAUCCUGCGAGUAGUCGUCAGAGAGAGCAUGUCGCUAGACUUGAUGGAUAGAUUGAUUGGUGACAUCCUGCAGGUUACCGAGACACUAAUGAAAGCCGAUUCAGUAGACCUAGAAAGUCUAGCGGCUCCGAGCUAUGCGAGAAUCGAGAAGAGAAUUCAGAGCAUGGGGCUCUACGAGAAGCCGCAGCAAAGCGCGGGCGUUGAGGGGGUUUUGAAAACCGUUUGUUAG